CCUCGGGCUGGACAUGGUGGCUCCUGGAGUUCGUUAGGGCCAAUGUCUGACAGUUGUGUAUUAUCGCAGUUGCAGUAGCUAGACUCCUCUUUGAAACACCGUGGAUGUUCGCUGCGACGAGCCAACAAGCUUUGCGUAAUCCGGCUCGUGGCUGGCCCUGCAGAGCAAUGGAGGAGCUGGUUCAUGAUCUGGUCUCUGCUUUGGAAGAAACCUCUGAACACAUGAGGGGAUGUCCAGAGUUUGGCGAUGAAGCAUCCCGGAAUUCAGCUGCAUCCCUUCUAAAGCGCCAGGCUAGGAAAAGGAGAGGCAAAAAGAGGAGGUCAGAAAGUGGACAUCACAUUUGGGAGCAUGGCCACUGCAUGAGUGAAGGCUCCGAAUCUAGCUUUGAUGAGGCAAUCCGGGACUACAAAGAAAAUAACACUUACAGUGACUCAGAUGACCACUUGAUAGUUGCCAAACGUCUGUCAUCCCUGAACGUAACAGCCAUUAGGGGAAAGCGGCAUUCAUGGCACGAGUCUGAUUCUGUCACCGACAGUAACUUAGGUGGUAGAUCUUUGCGAAGGAGAAGGAAGGUCAAACGUAUGGCUGUAGAUCCACCAGCAGAGGUCAGUAAUGUACUUCACCCACUGCCCCAGGGCAAAGCUCCAGUCUUGGACUUGAACAGACACCAGGCACAACCAAACCAACUCUGCUUCCAACUCCAAGUCCAGGAGAUCAGUAAGGACAAGAUCAUCAAGAGAAAACGGCUAGAAGUCCCAGAUGAUGGAGUUGUUGUGGAAAGUGAAGAAAUGUGCAAUACAAAUAAGAACAAAAUGGAGUAUGAGGAACAGAAAGGCUCAGAUGAUAACAUGAGUGACAGUGAAUCCAGCAGCCUCAGCAGUAGUGAUGCUGGCUUGUUUACUAAUGAUGAAGGAAGACAAGGUGAUGAUGAGCAAAGUGACUGGUUUUUUGAGGGUGAACCUGGUGGUGCAUGUGGUAUCGCAGGGAUCAUUCCGUGGUGGGAACAAGAUGAUGCCCUGGAACUCGAGACAGAAUUGCCAGAUCCGGUAUUUGAAAGCAUCUUAACUGGCACCUUCCCCCUCAUGUCAAAAACAGCUCAGAGAGGUUUUCAAGCAAGACUCACGCGAUUGUCUGGAAUGGCAAAUAGAAAUGGCAGAAAGGAGCCCAGGAAGAUAUCCACAAAGAAUUACCCAUUUGGUUCAGAGUACCUCUCCUCCUCCAUCCUCCAAAAGAUUGACACUCAUGGGCCCGGUAGUAAUGAGAGAUUUGUCCAUGUUUCCCUGGAUCCCCAUAACCAAGAACAAACAAGCGUUCAUUUCGGAUCUCUGUGUACAGGAGAUAUCAAACGUAGAAGAAAAGCAGCACCUCCCCCUGGACCUUCAGCAGCAGGGGUUGUUGGUGAAAAUGCCCAGCCUAUCCCAGAAACCAACAUCGGCAGUCAAAUGCUGCAAAACAUGGGUUGGAUUCCAGGCACUGGCCUCGGACCAGACGGCAAAGGGAUCGCUGAACCCAUUAGAGCUUUACGGCGACCAAAAGGGGUCGGACUUGGCUUUUGCUGACAGCAAAUACUUAGCUCAAUGGAAAGAAUUCCAACCAUAACUCAAAAGAACAGGAAGACAAUAGUAUAUGUGGUCACAAAAUUACGUCCUUCAAAAAUUAUCCUUAAUUUGUGUUUUGAAUUCAGCACACAUGCUUAUUUCUGAGUAGUUGUCAAUGCUGAUUUACUGUAUUAGUUGUUAUGGAGGUUUCUAGAUAUUAGGAAGUGAAUUUAAUUGCUGUACACUGAUACACAAGGCCAAAGGUUUUAGCAGCCAUUAUUCCAUUCUAUCCAAAAGGUGGUGAUUGGAAGUUGACUGAGGCUGCAGAUGUGAAUUUUUUAUGGAAUAUGGCAGUAGUCUGACUCUUCCAAUCCCCAUAACAUGAAUAUCUCUGAAUGAUUUGCAAGUUUGUCAUUAUAUUGCUACUGCUGUAUUGAAAAGAUAGAGAUAGAUGUCUUGAAUGGCAAUAACACUGCUCCAAAGAGAACUCGAACUAAAUGCAACCUGUCUAAGCAGUUCAGAAAUAGUUUUAUUGACUCCUUAAUAUCUGGAAGCCUUUUUGAUUUUGUUUAAGUAAAUUUAUUUCAAAUUCAAUGUUGUGUUUCAUUCCACUCAAACAAAAGUAUGUACACUGAUUGGGAAUGAAAGGGUUUUAUUGGCAAGUUGAAUUUUAGAUUUCAUUUUGUCUAUUGAGCGUUCUAUCUUGCUAAAACUUUUACACAUGUCAAAUUGAAACCAUGUGUUACAAUGACCUACUUUGGUAAGGUCCUAGUUGCUCUGCCAUAUUGGACAGUGAUUAUUGUGAUUAUACUGAGCAUUCGAGUAUUUUAUUCUGGAAAAAGAGAGCCAGCAGACAGCUGAUAACUGAACUUGACUAUAUCUUGUUCUUUAAUCAGUUUAAUGUACUAAAUUCUCGCAAAUAGAACUGGUUUUAGAUUUCUUCACAGAUCGCAUCAGCUAACAGCCUUUUUAAAAUCCUUACACAGUCCAGUUUCUGAACAGUGCCACGCAUUUUAGAAAUAUAACCUGUUUAUUGGAUUCUCUCCCAAAUUAGAUGUUUUGAUUUAGCUAAUCUACCCAUUAAUUUGUACUACAGUUUGUGAGAAAUUACCUUAUUUAAUAUCGUGAAUGAUAUUAAAUUUAAAAAACAAAUUCUGUUUUAUUAAACAGAAAACAGUUCUAAAUAUUUGAUCAUGAGUUAUAAAUCUUUCACAGAUUUUGUAGUGCUUUCUUGUUAUUUUGUUCUAUGGCAAAGGCCAAAGUACCAACAUGUAACAGCCAAUGUCCUAAAUAUCUGUCUGAGAGGUACUCCAGAUGUCGCCCCAAAAAGCAUAUUCUACAAUCAAAACUGAUAUACUUUUAGCAGUAUCGAAAUUUGUAUAAAUUCUGUGCAGUUGUAAGUCAAGCAAAGCUAUAUAAAAUGUGCGUAAUGGUGAAAGGAUUACAAAGGUAAGAUCAAUACCCCUGUACACAGUCUGAGCAAAGAGAGUAGAUUCAGAAAAAAAUGCAGUUAAUUGCAGGGAUUUCUGAGAUCAUAAGUAUAAAUAGAAAUUUACGUGGGGAUUGGAAUUUACUUAAUGCAGUAGUUAAUUAAAUUGAAGUUCGUGUUCUUUGAUUUCUCAAGUAGAAGUGAAUUUAAACUCAGUUGAAAGAACUCCGGUGAAAGGGACUGACAAUUUUGUUUUAAUUUUCAAUAUUUUUUCCAUUUUAUUCCUGGGCUAGUUUAGUUUUGAAGUUUUUCUCAGUUUCUUAAUUCUGUCAGUUUGUAUCUAAAUUGCACUACUCUGUUGAUGGUUUAACAUUUUUCUGAUUCACAAUUAGACAACAAUAUGAGAGUCCUUUAGUGGACCAAGAAGGAAAAAGCCAGUGUUAUGUUCUUUAGAAUGUGUAGUUAUUGUUUGAAAGGUGAUUUUUAUUAUCUUACAUUCCACAGAGUGUUUGCUUAAGAACAGAGCAGGCACAUCUGUGUCAAAUACCUUAAUUGGACAACUCUGCUUCAUGACGUAUCUUAAAAAAAACAGAGCUACAGGGUCAUCGGGCUGAAACAUGUGAUAUGAGCGAUAAAAGAAAAUCUGCCCUCUGUUAUAAAUGAGCCCAAUUAUAGGCAUAUUGUUAUUGCUCCAGAGGCAGUAGUUUUGCAUUCUGUGAGAAGUAAUGGAGUAAAUCACAAGCAGUUCUAAUGCAAAGAAAUGACAUAACAUUGGGACAUUAUGGUGUGCAAUAGAUCUGAAUUGACAAAAACUACUUAAAAUCAAUAUAUGAAAAAAACAGUAUUAUGUUAAUAACUAUUAUCUGGAAGGAUGAUUGGGGUAAUUUACCCAUAACAGGAGAGUUAUCUAUUGUUGAAAUGGUAUAACUAAUUUUCUUUUUCAUUUCUUGAAGGACUGGAGCAUCUUAUGAAUGAAAAAGCAACAGGCCAAAUUUCCAGCCUAUGUUGCAUGAAUCAUUAAGAUCAAAUCCUGUUUUGUUAACAACAUUAUAUUAGAAACAAAACUUGUAAUCAUGCAGUUUGAGCUCUUUUUUUUCAGUCUGACAAUUCUGGUGGUGGCAUCGAACAAUCAAAAUCAGGAAUGAAGUUCUAGGUGUUUUCUCUGACAUUGUACUAUUGCCCCAAAUUCCAAUAAUAGUUUCAAUUGGAUAUAAUAAUGGCGUAUAACCUGAUUUGUCUUUUUUAUGCAUUUUGUGCUUGUUCUUGCUUUCAAUGUGCACCUAGUGAAAUGUCUUGUGCUUACUACAGUAUGAUGUGUAGACCCUCAAAUUUCUUCAUAAGAAGAUCAUGUUCACUUAACAGUUAAGAAUCAGCAUUAUUUCUCUGCAUGAAAUGUUUGAGAGAAUGUAGCUGUUCUUAGACUUAAUUAUUUACCCAAUAAUUUGAAAGUGUACAAAUAACCAAUGAGAUGGAAUAAUUCUCAUCUGGCAUUUUGUAAACAAACAAAUAAAUGAAUACCCCACGUC